GACCAAAACUUGGUUUUAACAAAACUGUGGCAUAUGUUAACUAUAGUAAACCUACUAUCAUUAAAUGGCUUCAUAGAUACCAUCAGAAUAAAAACUUAAAUAGCAGAAAAAGACCUGGCCCAAAACAUAUUACUGCUAUCAUUCAAGACAAAAAAAUUGUACAAAUGACAAAAAAAAAAAUCUUUAUAACUAGCACCAAAAUACAAAAAGAACUUGAAAACAAAGAUGUUAAA